UUAAUAGCAUAUGAGAUGUGUCCGGAUGUUCGCUACAACUAUGAAUGUUGCUCAUUCUUUACCUUCAUGGAUUCAUUGGUUGACAACGCCGAGGAUGUGAAGGAGCUUAGAUUAGCUGGUGUAUUUCAAAACUUGCUUGGAAGUGACGAAGAAUUGGCAAAGCUCUUCAAUGAUUUGGGUGACGAUUUGCCAACAAAAAUGUAUUGCAACAAUUCCUACACAAAUGCAGUGGCUUAUAGCAGGAAAUAUCUUCUCAUCAAGAUUCAAAUUGAAAAACAUUACACAAACAAAUGGAAGACAUGGUUGGCUCAAGCUUACAAUACUCAUUUCAAUACACCAUGGGCUAUGAUUGCCUUUUUAGCUGCAAUGCUAGCAUUGGUUCUUACUUUUAUCCAAACUUGGUGUGCUAUCUAUCCUAAGUAA